ACUGUAUAGUCAGUCCAAUUGAUGACCGAAGAGAUCCAGCCGCCAGAAAGUUAAAGUCCCGAGGACAGCUCGGCGCGUGUUGUGCACUCGUCACCCGCUUCGUCUCCCUGACCUAAAAGAAGAAAAAACACGAAAGGAAAAACCCAUCACUCCCUGAAUACCGCUCAGGCAUACAUACAUAUAUAUAUAUACACCCACAUAUCUGAAGUACCAAAUCGGUUGCUCAGAGUCUGCGAUUUUUCCUCCUGCGAUGGAGUUCGUGGACGGCCGAUUCGAGCUGAGGGAGAUUCAGAAGCUGGAAGGCCACACCGAUAGGGUUUGGAGCCUCGCCUGGAAUCCGGCCACCGGAGUCGCCGGUAUUCCCUCCGUGUUCGCCUCCUGCAGCGGCGACAAGACCGUCCGUAUUUGGGAGCAGAGUCACCCCGCCGCUUCCUGGGAAUGCAAGGCAGUUCUUGAAGAAACGCACACUAGGACGGUUCGAUCGUGCGCUUGGUCACCGUCGGGGAAAUUCUUGGCCACUGGAAGCUUUGAUGCCACUAUUGCUAUUUGGGAAAAUGUUGGGGGUGAUUUUGAAUGUGUUUCCACUUUGGAGGGUCAUGAAAACGAAGUUAAAAGCGUCUCGUGGAAUGCAUCUGGGACUUUACUUGCUACUUGUGGUCGAGAUAAAACUGUUUGGAUUUGGGAAGUACUUCCAGGCAACGAGUUCGAGUGUGCUGCAGUGUUGCAAGGACAUACACAAGACGUGAAAAUGGUUCAGUGGCAUCCAACCGUGGAUGUUCUGUUUUCUUGUAGCUAUGAUAACAGUAUUAAGUCUCAGAUUUGGGCAGAUGAAGGCGAUGAUGAUGAUUUUGUGUGCGUUCAAACAUUAGAUGAACCCAGCAAUGGUCACACUUCUACUGUUUGGGCUCUCUCGUUCAAUUCUAGUGGAGACAAAAUGGUUACUUGCAGUGAUGACCUUACUCUCAAGAUAUGGGGAACGGACUUGGAAAGGAUGCACUCUGGUGAUGGUUAUGCUCCCUGGAGACAUCUUUGUACUAUUGCAGGUUAUCAUGAUCGGACAAUUUUUUCUGUUCAUUGGUCAAGGGAAGGUAUCAUUGCCAGUGGCGCAGCUGAUGAUGCCAUACGAUUUUUUGUGGAGGAUAAUGAAAAGGAUGGUUUGGUUGAUGGACCCAAGUAUAAACUUCUGCUGAAGGAGGAAAAAGCUCACGAGAUGGAUGUGAAUUCAGUGCAAUGGAGCCCUGGGGAGAAACGACUACUUGCUUCUGCGAGUGAUGAUGGGACGAUUAAAAUAUGGGAGCUGGCAUCUGUACCAUACUGAAGAAACUUACAAAAUUUCCUCAUCAACUGUGUAAUUGUAGUAGUCCUAUUCUAUUUUGUUCUCUGCUUUUGACAAUCAGCAAAACAAAAUAUAGUUGGUGGGGUAACUUGUCUCUUGUAAGCGCCAAUAACAAUUAUGUGACAAUUUAUGAGAACAAUGAUAGCUAAAGGUUUUAGUCCACAAAUUUUUGGUUAAUUUACAAGUUGGCAUCUGUAUGACUAUUCGUCUC